UUGAAGUCACGUUUCACCAGACAGGACGGCAGACGGCUGCUCUGCUGAUGGAGAAGUGGAGCAAGUCCGUCCACACAUCAACUAAACUACCUGGUCCAGUCAAAGUUUGCUUUAUUUUAAUCAAUUUAUUUCCUUCAUGGACGCUUAGUCACCGGACUUGCGCCGCAUCAAGCUUAAAGUCUGCGUGCAGAUGGAGCUGAGCAGAAGGAAGGUGCCUCUCUAUGGUCAAGCUAAAGUAUUCGCAUUGCUGGAGGUGUUGGACUCGAUGCAGGAGGAUGCCGAAGUAUAUAUUGUUCUGGAAGGAUCGACACUGGUCCAUGUGACCCCAGCUCGAAAUGAUGUUAUGCUUUACUUCCUAGUGCCUGGACACAACCUUGCUGAGGUGGUCUCUGUUCAAGCUUAUCUGUGUUCUGAGACCACACCCCUCACCUGGGUAGGAGGAGCUACGCUGGAGUACGUUCAGGAUGACGCUCAGGAUUUGGCUGAGCACCUGGUGAUGCACGGACAUCAUCUUAGCGCCACAGAUCACAAAGAGCUGAGCAGCCUCUUCAACCUGGGCCAGCAAAGCUCCCGCUGCGCUGCGGAUCGUCGAGUAACUUUGGCCAUGGCCAAUCUGGAUAUUCCUCAGAACUGGAAUGUGCUGGGAAGUCACAGCAGAGAGGGACGACACCACAAGGAGUCUCCCCUUCACCUGGCCGUGAGGUGGGGUCUGUGUCGACUGACAGAGCUACUGCUGUGUCAGCCUGGAGGUCUGCUGGCUAUCAAUCUGCCAAAUGAGGAUGGGGUCACACCACUGCAGCUAGCGCAAUCGUCGGGCAACAGGGAACUAAUGGACCUGCUCACUCGACCUCCAAAUCCCCUGGCCACGCCCCCGGCAGGUCUGUCCCAGGUUUGGGCAGACCGGUCUCGCCUAUUGAGGUUCUGUCAUGACACAGGAAACCUGACUCUGACUGUACGACAAAACUUGAGGUGGAGCUCAGAGGAAAGCCGGCAUGCUGACAUCCUGCUUCUCAGAGACAGACUCAGAAAUGAAGGCUUCCUCCGCGAGAUAAAGUCAUUCCGGAGGGAGCGAGUCGAAACGCUAGGUGGAAAAGAGGAGUUGGCGGACGAGCCUGCAGAGAAUGGACUCUACGCUCAUAUGGGAGGUGACAAUUCUCCUGCAGUGGAAAAUGACUACGAGGAGCCGCUGAUGUUUUGUAUGAACCAGGAGGAGCAGGAGGACGACUCGUCUGAAUCAGAGAAAAGUCAGUCCAUUGGGCAGGGACAGUCCUCGUCUCCAACCCUAGCUGCUGCCGCCAGACUGUCAGCCAUGAUCCAUGGCAAAGACAGAGUCUAUGCCAACGCCAUGCUGGUGGACCAGGUGGAUGACGUGGACAUCAAAUAUCGUUUACCAGGCGAUGAGACAACUCAUGUUGACACCCCCAGCUGGGAUUCACACUCCAUGCCCUCUAACUCUGUUAACUCCCCCAAGACGCGGCGUCUCUUCUCCAGCCAGCAUGCGGAACAAGCAACCUCAGGACAUUGCUCAGAGAAUAAAAGGGCCCAGUCCCCUCUUGUCUCACCACGCUCUUCCCCUUCUCCCUUCAUCUCCUCCCCAUCAUUCCCAUCCUCGCCACUGGCUUCUGCCUUCCGACUAUUCGAAGGUGGACAGAGGAGACAGCCCGGACUGCCAGUCUCUCCUGCUCUGGUCCGUAGAGGAUGUAGCCUGCCUGCAACCACUCAAAUCCUAAGUCCAAGCUUGGAGUGUGACAGUGGAGAGGAGGACGUCCUGGGUCUGACCUACCCGUGCUCUACUUUUAAGCAGCAGUCGUCGCUCAGGUCCAGCUCAGGGGAGGAGAGAGACUCUUUUGAAGCUACUCUGGAGAUUAACCGAACUCUGUCAGACAGCACGGACAAGUCCUCCAAGAACCAAGAGGAGGCCGAGGUCCGUCUGCGCUCCUACUCAUAUUCCUCCCCCAAAGCAAAGCCGUCGCGCCCGCUGCUAAACCGAGAAGCGACCAUUACUGACCUGGCAGAAGGUGGUGCUUUCAGUAACGGCGGUCGAUCUCUGCUCCAAGCUUUAUCUCUGUCUAAAUCCCUGUCCCGACUCCACCAAGUUAAGCAGAGCGCCUUCGGUCCGAGUGACAGCAGCAGGGAGAAGAGGAUUUUGGGCUUCCGUAAACGGGCCCAGUCAGCAGAGGAAGAGCGCAGCGCAUCACCCCAACACCUCACCCUCUCAGAGUUCCUCAAAGAGAUCGAGGAUGAGGAGUGGGACAAAUACAUAAUCCCGUCAAAAGUGGAGUCAGAAAAGUACAAAGUUAGUCGGACCUUCAGCUUCCUCAAGAACAGGAUGUCGAGCACCCGGAACAAAGCGAAGGUGAAGGGUAAAGACGUCAAAGAAGCAAAGGAGAAGACUGGAGCCACCAACACGCACCAAUUCAUUCCCUCGUCCCCAUCUGGUCCUGCCCUUUGUGUGGCCUGCGAGAAGUCGGUGUCUGGGAAGGAGUUGCUGCAGUGCUCCAAUUGUUUCCUGACCAUCCACAAGAACUGUCGAGAGUUGGCUGCUGCCUGCGGAAAGAAGCUGCAGGAGAAGAGCACGCUGCUGUUGAAAAGCAAAAUCCAGUCACUUCCACAGAGCUCCCAAAAGGAGAGCAGCCCGGUUUCCCCUGUCCCCUCCUCCACAUCACUUCCUGCCAUCAUCCGAGAGAGGAAAGAUUCAGCUGCUCUGUCCAAAAGUCUCUCUGUCUCUGUAGAAAACAGACGUCUGAGUGAUGCUGGACUAGAUGCCGAGUCUGGGAUCAACCUGAGCUCAAACGGGUCUGUGUCUGAUGAGGGAACUCCGGUGACUGUGACUCCUCCUUCGCUGGAGCCACAGAUCACAGCUUCCACAGAUACAGUUGAAACUCAAGUGCAGAACGACCUGUCAUCUGACCUGAUUGGACUAGAAGCUGAGUCGUGGAGUCUCGCCGUGUGUCCGGACUUCUGCGGACAGAACGACAGGCGCACUGUCAAGCGCCAGGAUGUGAUAUAUGAACUGAUGCAGACUGAGCUUCACCACAACCAAACCCUCACCGUCAUGUCAGAGGUCUUCCGCAGAGGAAUGCUGGAGGAAGUUCAACUGGACGCUGAGAUUGUGUCACGCAUCUUCCCCAGUUUGGACCCUCUAGUGCUGUUCCACCAGAGCUUCUUAGGAGCGCUGCAAGAACGAAGACAAGCUUCAGUCCAACCUGAGGACCAAAGGAACUACCUGAUCCACCAGGUCGGGGACAUCCUGCUGCAGCAGUUCUCAGAUGAGAAUGCAGAGAAGAUGAAGCAGCUGUACGCCGACUUCUGCAGCCACCACAUUGAGGCUUUGAAUCUUUACAAGGAGCAGAAGCAGCAGAACAAGAAGCUACAGAACUUUGUAAAACAACAGAGCAACAACUCGCUGGUCAGACGGAGAGGAGUUCCAGAGUUCAUCCUGUUGGUCACGCAGCGGAUCACCAAGUACCCGGUGCUGCUGGAGAGGAUAAUCCGCUACACUCCAGAGGGCAGUCAGGAACAUGCCGACCUGUCGAGUGCACUGGCUCAGAUCCGUGACAUCAUCACUGCAGUGGACCUGGCUGUCUCCAAGUAUGAGAAGAGUCAAGAGCUUCAGGAGGUUCUGACGCGACUGGAGAACAAAAGCUUCGCCAAGCUGAAGAAUGGGAAAGUGGUCCGCAAACAAGACCUGCAGAGGGAGCGCCGGGAGCUGCAGCACAAGGGGCUGGUCUACUGGAAGACGGCGACCGGACGACUCAAAGACACUCUGGCUCUGCUGCUCACUGACGUACUGGUUUUCCUGCAAGAGAAAGAUCAACGGUUCAUGUUCGCUGCUGUGGACCAGAAGCCUCCAGUGAUCCCUCUACAGAAGCUGAUUGUGAGAGAAGUUGCCAACGAAGAGCGAGGGAUGUUCCUCAUCUCAGCUUCCUCUGUUGGACCGGAGAUGUAUGAAAUCCACACGGCCUCCAAAGAGGAGAGGAACUCAUGGAUGAGACACAUCCGUCAGGCAGUGGAGAGCUGCCCAGAGGAAGAGGAGGAGGAAGAGCAAACAGCAGAAACAGAAGAGGCCAAGCGAGCAGCAGAAGUCAGAGUCCAGAAGAUUGCCAAGUUCCAAGAGACCUUGUUGAGUCAGGACCAACGCAUCUGUAACAGUCUGGAGGAGAAGCUGCAGCUCUAUGCAGAGCUCACUGACCUCACUCUGCGCUCCCCGGAAGCUGUGCAACACCGCCACCUCCUGGUGCAGCCAGAGAGUGACGGCGACGCUCCCCGACAGGCCAGAAGCCUGCUGACCGCUGCGCUCAGAGAAGCCGAGAACCUGAUCCAGCUCAUCCAGACUCGGGACGGGGUUUCCCAGCAGAUCCUGCCUCUGUCUGUCCAAGGACCUGGCAGCAGCAACUACAACAGCCAUGGCAGCAGCGUGCCGGAGUCUCCGUCAGAACAAGACUAUCUCAGCACGCUCAGCGUGAGCUCCACGUCUCUGGCGUCUGAAGGUGAUUUGACGGGACUGGACGGAGUGAUGUGGAGCUCUGGAGCAGAACUGAGGAGAGGAGAUGCCAAAGACACGCUCCACAAGGUGGUGGAGAGUGUCCAGAGUUUGACUCAGCUCCUCUACAGUCUCCAGGCAGCUGUGACUCUUCAGGACAGCUGCACUGAGGUCCACAAACUUCUCCUUCAGGAGGCCGAGAAGCCUCAAGUAAGGAGCGCCAUCAGCCUCCAGAGCAGCCAGGAACAGGAGAGACAGCGGAAUCUGGACAGGAGGAAAGAGGACGUGGAGAAGAAGAGCAUGGAGAGGAAGGAGAUGGACGAGGUGCAGAAGCUUCACAUGAAGCUGAAGCAAGAGCAGCAGCGCUGGGACAAAGAGUGUGUGGCGCGAGAGAAGCAUCAGCUUGAGCAGGAGAGCGGGCUGGAAGAGAGGGAGCAGUGCUGCCUCCUGGAGGCAGAGAGGCUGAGGUGCGAGCGCGAGGAACUGGAGGCUCAGCUGCAGGAGUACCAGCAGAACCUGGAGCGACUGAAGGAGGGUCAGAGGAGCGUGGAGAGAGAGAAGGAGAAGAUCGAGGCCCAGCAGAGGCUCCUGCAGAGCUGGAAACACACCAGGCAGAGCAGCCUGCCUGUCACCAUCCCUCUGGAUGGAUACCAGGCUCUGUCCUCCUCCAGCAACCACAGUCGCUCAGGCAGCCUGGACGGGAACCUCUCUGUAUACGAGAAUGAGGCUGCAUUCAUCGCCUCCCUGAAGAAGAACCACAUGCGACCCAUGACCCACAACAAUCUGAGCCAGCCUGGCUGUCCCAGGAGGAACCACCAGGCACACGUGCCCCCCGCCUACAGCGCCAACGUGGCCCUCAGCGCCAGCCUCUACAACAGCCUCAACACUCUGCUCAGUCAGGGAAAGCAGCCGACUGACCCUCCCAGCUUCUACAGCCACAGCCACAGCCCCUUCAAGCCCCACGAGCCAGAGCAGACCCUCGACUUCAGCCCUCAGCCGGACCGAAGGACCACAGGUUCCUGGAGACCGCCGAUCACAGACGAAGAACUCUACUGUGACGACUACUCCUCACCCUCCCUCACCCCACUACUCCCCCCGCAGUCCUACCUCUCCCUCGAUGGGCAGAGCGGCGACGAGGGCGGCGAGGAGAACAUUGUUUAUCUCUGAGAAGAACCAGGAAGUCACAGCUGCUCAUCCGACAGGAGAUCAGGUGGCCUCCUCCAUGCUCCCUGAAGAUCAAUCCCGGCCCUUGAGGUCCUCUGUGUGGAUCCUGGCUGUGGACCAAGGGACCAACUUUUCCUUUGUGUAGCUUCCUGACCAGUUGACGCUGGUUUUCUAGAUUCACAUUGUCGCUCAGACUUAACUAAGUUCACCCUCUCAACCUUGAGCACUCAACACCAAGAAUAAGGAGGAGCACCUCUGAGUCUGGGGCCACAGUGAUGCCACUGAGCAUCACAAGCAAAAAGAAAAGACUAGCAGUGGAUUUAGCAAAGGGACCUGGAGGCUAGCAACAAUUAGCACUUCACUUAGGAAAAAAACACACUUCAAAGUGAUAAGAUAAUUCCAAAUGGGAAAAAGGAAUAUUGGAGUUCAACAUUGACAAAUGUAUAAUAUGUUGAGAGAACACACCAUUUUCUGUCUUCAAGUGCUCUGAUGCCAGUUUUAUGUCGACUAUCGAAUAAGAAUGGGGAAGUGUUUUCACAUAGUUUGCAAUAAAAGAUCACACCACGCCGAGUUAAGAUGCGUCCAACAUACAACAAUGAAAAUAUUGUAAAUAACUGGGGAAAGAAAUCUGUCGACAAGCCACUGUUGAAGACCACUGGGAAGUUUUAGAAGAAAAAGAUGGAACUAAGGGAACCAUAAACGACUGAACAGAAGAAUACAUUUGAAUUAAAUUACUAUAAUCAAAACUGGACAUUCAGUGGGGAAGGUCAUCAGUGUGAAAACCCAAACCUCUUUGAAACUGUGACCCUGAGAUUCUGGGGUGCUCAUCCUGGUCCCCAACAGUGGUGCAGAGGCUCACCCCACCAGAACACUGCUCAGUGUCUGUGGCGUCCACAAACUGCCGAGCCUUGGUUCAAAUCGACUCUGAAAGCAGCUCGAAAUGUUCCCACGAGCACUUAAACCACGAGAGCCUUAACAUGAGUGCAAUCCUGCAUAUUAAUAAUAUUUAUGAGGGAUGUAAAUGUGUACAGACGUUUCCUUAAGGGCUACUGCUGCACCUGAUGCUGGACAAACUUCUCACUCAAGUGCCGGACUCUUCCCUGACCUGACACUGUCAGCUCUGAGUCAGAGAAGCUCCUGAGGCUGUGUUUGAUUCGACCUAUAAUUUAUUGUGUGUAAAGAGCACUGUUGUGUUGAUCUGUGUUGGCUGAUGUAUAUUCUUCCUGCUGCAUAUAAAGACA